UCUCUCUGUCUCUCAGUCCCAGCCCCUGAAGGUGUCAUAACUGUGCUCUCUCCCUCUCGCUCUCUAUCACCGCCUUUCAGAUCUUUAAAAGCCGCUGCUUGCCAUUUCUCACUCGUUCUCGGUUUGUAUCCUCUGGCACUGCAGGGGACUCCCGGCUCGCAGCCUCACCAAGCUGAAAAGCCAGCAAAGAAACAGAGAGGAGAAAGAGAAACAGACUUCCAGAAAUAGCAUCAGCCACGUACGACACAACCGAGCUUGGAGAACCUGAGACCCGGACACAAGAUGUCUUUCCUUUCCAACUUGACGCCCGUUGUCCUGUUGCUGCUCAUCCACUGUGGAUCCUGGUCCUCGGCGGGUCGCUUGGGCCCCCACAAGAACUGCCUGACCUGCAAAGACGGGCACCUCUCGGGCGCGGGCCGGGCCUCCAGGGACCCGGCCGGGGCGCCCGCCACCACCGUGCUGGCGUUGGGGGAGCCCUGCGGGGUUUACACCCUGAGCUGCGCCAAGGGGCUUCGCUGCGUGCCCCCUCCACGUGAACACAGCCCCCUUCAGGCUCUGCUGCAGGGCAGAGGCUCCUGCGCCAAACAGAGCAAAGCGAGUCCCACCGAGAGGCCCCGCCCCACAGGGCCACAUCCUUCGAACAGUGGUGAAAUAGACAAGGCUCCAUGUCGUAAGCUGCUUAACACUGUCUUGCGAGGUCUUGAGCUCACCAUUUUCCAGUCGGAUCGUGACAUCUACAUCCCGAACUGUGACACUCGUGGUUUCUACAGGAAAAAGCAGUGUCGGUCCUCUAAGGGCAUGCAGCGUGGCCACUGCUGGUGCGUCGACGAGAUGGGCAACACCGUGCCAUCACGUGCCGGGGGAGGAUGGCGCUUUACCAUGUGACGGAGAGUGAGGGGAGCGACGGCCCCACAGCUCUGAGCCUGGAGGAAGAGGAGGGGUACAGGGAGAGGGGAUGACUUCAGCUCGGUGCAAGACACUGCCUGACCAGGACACACCAGGGAUAAACCACUUCACACGGGAACGGGCCCUCACUCAGAACGUCCAGACCACGUUCACUGCCAUAAACUCGAACAAACAGCAUCAGAACACAGAAAUAGUGACCACUACACCACAUGAGCUUAAGUUGGGAUAGGUCAGCUGUUACAGAGAGAUAUUUAAUUCCUGGCCACAACUUCUAUGUUUGUUUCUCAAUGGGCUGUUUAAUUAUUAAGCAGACGGGGUGACUAUGUUUUCGAACCCGUCCCCUCUCCCCUUCUCCAAUGAUACACUGACUAAACUAUACUUAUGAAAACGGAAUAUACCUUCUCGUCUAAUUUAUU